UGGAGAGUAAUCUGCUUUACUCAGUCUAUUGACUUAAAUAUUAUUUUCAUCUAAAGAAAUACUUUCACAGAAACAUCUAGAAUAACGUUUGGCCAAAUAUUUGGAUACCAGGGCCUACCCAAGUUAAUAAUCAUCAUAAGUCCAUCCCUUAUAAAUCUGGCACCCAUACCCAUCUCCUUAAAUCAUACUCAAUCUCCAGGUGAAGGCAAUAACAGAGUCCUACUUCUGCCUGGCAUGAUGUAACUAUCCUGUGUACAACCAAAACAUACUAAUCCUUUCUUCAGAACAGGAUGCAAUGAUGUUUACUCUUCUCCUUGAUAUUCUAUAACAUAAAUACUGUGAUGUAAAACUAGUGCUAAUUUUUUAAAGUUAGUACAUCUUAUGUUACCUAAGGGGAUAAGAGAGGGGGAGAAAAACAAAGAUAUUUCAUACAUACACACUGAUUUAUAACAAAAUAAGGAAGAAAUACUCAUGGCAGUUACAACCCUUUUGUCUAUAGGUAGCCACAUGGUGGUAGUUAGUAUUUUUAACAACUUUCUUCCAAUACACAUUCCAUGAUCCCUUUGCUCUCAGCAAGCACUUUAGCUGGGUGCGGUUCUUUACCUGGUCGGGUGAUCCAUGUCUUCAUUCCUGAGGGUCUGGGCCAUUAGUAGUCCUUCCUGGAUUGCAUAGUUACAGUUUUCCAUUGACCUUAAUCACCACGCGUGGUAAUACUAAGAGACACCACCCUGAGGACUUCCUAUAUUCCAGAUACACCUUCUUACCUCUAUUGUGGAGUAACAGUCCAACAUCCCCUUGGUAAUUGGGAUCAGUCACCCCAGCAGCACUUUGCCUGCGUUAGAGGCAUGGGGAGGCCAAAGUGGCUGGGUGGCAGUUUUUAACUUCCAAUUCAGUGGAAUCACUGUUGUGUCUUUUGGUGGAAGCAUUCUCCUCUUUGGAACUAAGACCUCUGGGCCAGCAGAGCCUAAGGUCUGGGAGACAGGAAGCAAAAAUGUUGCUCAUGGGUCCCUGGGGGUAAUCAUGACUGAUGCCACACCCAUUUCCACCCCUUGAUUCCUGGACCCACCAUCACUGGCUAUGGGAGAAGGGCACCUUAUAUCGGACGCUGAUUCAGAACAUAACCUCAUGAAGAAACUUGCCCAGCCCCUGCAAAGUACUGCCACUUUGCUGACAUUGUAACUAAGUCUUCAGAAGGCCAUUCUGUCAAGCCAGCUGCUUCCGGAUGGUGGGGAUCAUGGAAUUGAAUGACCUUCAUAUAGAAGCACUUUCCGUGAUCGCAAAUUGCCUUGAAGAUAUGGAUACUUUGGUGCUGAUUCAGCAGACGGGGGGUCUUAAGAAGCUCCUGUCAUUUGCAGAAAACUCUACAAUUCCUGACAUUCAGAAGAACGCAGCAAAAGCAAUAACUAAAGCAGCUUAUGAUCCCGAAAAUAGAAAACUCUUUCACGAACAAGAGGUCGAGAAAUGCCUUGUAGCCCUUUUGGGUUCUGAAAAUGACGGAACGAAAAUUGCUGCCUCCCAAGCUAUUUCGGUGAUGUGUGAGAAUUCAAGCAGCAAAGAAUUUUUCAAUAAUCAGGGGAUUCCACAGUUAAUUCAGUCGCUCAGGAGUGACAAUGAAGAAGUGAGGGAAGCUGCGGCCCUCGCCCUGGCUAAUCUGACCACAUGCAACGCGGCAAAUGCAAAUGCUGCUGCUGAAGCCGAUGCAAUCGAUCCACUGAUAAGCAUCCUGUCGAGUAAACGAGACGGAGCCAUCGCCAGCGCCGCUACAGUAUUGGCGAACAUGGCGAUGCAGGAGCCCCUGCGGGUGAACAUGCAGAACCACGACGUCAUGCACGCCCUCAUCGGCCCGCUCCGCUCCUCCAACACGGUUGUGCAGAGCAAGGCGGCUCUCCUGGUGGCCGCAACCGCGUGCGACGUGGAGGCCCGGACAGAGUUAAGAAAUUCGGGUGGCCUGGGGCCGCUGGUGGAGCUCCUGCGCUCCAAGAAUGACGAAGUGAGAAGGCACGCCAGCUGGGCUGUGAUGGUCUGCGCCAACGACGAGCUGACGGCUGUUGAAUUGUGCAAGCUUGGGGCUUUAGAGAUCCUUGAAGAAGUUAAUCUAUCAGUAAGUCGGAAAAAUAAAUUCAGUGACGCAGCUUAUAACAAAUUGCUCAACAACUACCUGUCUCUGAAAUACAGCCUGACUGGCUAUUUGUCAUCAAGUAACAUAAUUGGUGAUGGAUUCUAUGACUACGGUCGGAUUAAUCCCGGCACCAAACUUUUGCCUUUGAAGGACCUCUGCUUACAAGAACCCAGUGAUCUACGUGCUGUACUCUUAGUUAACAGUAAAUCCGACAUUUCUCCACCUCCAUCUAUGGAAGAUAAGUCAUCAGACAUUGGUUACGGACGGAGUAUUUCUUCCUCAUCUUCUUUAAGAAGAGCAAGCAAAGAAAAGACAAAUCUUCAUUUUAGUGCCGGAUUUGGAUCCCCUACGGAAGACAGAUCAGAACCGACUUCUGGACGAAAUACGGCUCUUAGCAAACUCGCCAUGAAAGAGAAAGGAUCAAGGAAAGGCCGAGGGAAAAAAGAAGAGGAAAAAGUGAAGGAGGAAGAAGAGGUUGCAGCAGUCCCCAAACUGAUCGGAGAAGGGAGCCCCGAUAAAGAAUGGUACCCUCCCUCCGACCCGGACUUCUGUGUUUAUGUGUAUGAAGUGACCAAGUCAAUAUUCCCCAUAACGAAUAUCAAGGAGCAGAUUGAGGCUCUUGCCAAGUAUGUGGCAGAAAAAAUGGGUGGUAAAGUUUCAAAAGAGAAACUACAUGAUUUCAGCUGGGAACUUCAUAUAAGUGAACUAAAAUUUCAACUUAAAUCCAAUGUUGUACCAAUUGGACUGAUCAAACAAGGAAUCUUCUACCAUCGAGCUUUGCUUUUCAAGGCGCUGGCUGAUAAAAUUGGCAUCGGCUGCUCUCUGGUUCGUGGGGAGUAUGGCAGAGCUUGGAAUGAAAUUAAGUUGAUGAAUGAAACUCGUAAGGGACUGAUUGGGGCUCUCCCUCCCCCUGAGGUGUAUAUCGUUGACCUCAUGUUCCAUCCAGGCGGGCUGAUGAAGUUAAAAAGUAAAGAAGCGGAUCUUUACAUAUAUCUCUAAGCUACCAAAAGAACAAAAAAAGGGUUCACACAAGAAAUGUAUUAUGUACACUUCCUAUGAAGUUCACCGAUUGAUUUUAUUUCUUUAAAUAAAAGUAUUAGAAAUGUUCUCUCUGUGUAGAAACGAGGACACGUGGAUUGAACUUGGUGGUGGUUCUGAUUUCAGGCUCUUGGCGAGAGUUCAGUCUGGUUAGAUCCUAUUACGCACACUGACCCUCAUGUAAAGUUUAUUAUUGUCAAAAUUCAUCCAUCCCACUAUUUCCUGAGGAGCCUCUGCCCUUUGGGAACCUUGUGGUAAAA